CAAAUGAGUACACAGGACGAGAGACUGGCACACGCUAACUGCGAGCACAUCAUGCGUACAUCACGCAACUAAAUCAGUUCUGGCACAUGCAAACUACUGACAUAACGCUCAGACACCAAAACAACAUUAAAUAGUGGAUGAAAUUGUUGACAUCGACCAUUGAAAACUUCCGUCCUUGAGAACUGCCACAUAAUGAUGACGAUGAGCGGACGAGAUAGUGUAGAUGACACUAACAAGAUUACGAGGUCUGCAUCACCAUCACCCGUCAUGACUGAAACUGAACGUACACCAAGUCCGAACAACGACUAUAAAAGUGAACGUCUCUUGGACAUCCCGUGCAAAGUAUGCGGUGAUCGGAGUUCUGGUAAACACUACGGUGUGUAUGCGUGUGAUGGAUGCAGCGGAUUCUUUAAACGAAGCAUACACCGUAACAGAGUAUAUACGUGCAAACAACAAGGUAAAGACGGCGGUAACUGUCCCAUCGACAAGACACAUCGCAACCAAUGCAGAGCAUGCAGACUCAAAAAAUGCUUCGACGCCCAGAUGAAUAAAGACGCUGUCCAACACGAACGAGGUCCACGGAAGACAAAGGCGAAGAUUAAUGAAGGGGACACCAGUUUCAGUGUAUCGGCACUCCAGCUAAGAACUACCGAAUAUUCCCGAGUACCCCCGACGAUGGAUUACGUCACUUCAGCAGCCUCGUACUAUGGUACUUUUUAUCACAGCCUUCUGACAGCUGAACAGUACAAUUUGAAUCCCCUUGCAUUGGAUUUGAAUUCCAGAGUCAAAAUGGAAUUUGGUGAAAGUUCGGUUGACAUGAAAAUUACACCCGAGUGUUUGCCGGAGAUCGCUGCCAGACUAUUAUUUAUAACUGUGAAAUGGGUCAAACACAUGCCUUCAUAUCAAAUACUACCGUAUAGAGACCAGUUAAUUCUUUUGGAGGAAGGUUGGCGGGACUUAUUUAUGUUGGGUUUGUCGCAGUGGUCUGUUCCUAUGGAUGAGAAAUCGAUAUUAUCACUCGCUAAGCUCAGCUCAGAAAACACGCCUCAAGAAAAGCUUUCUCAAAUUAUGACGGAAGUGCGUCACAUGCAGGACAAUGUGCGCAGACUGCAGAAAAUGGGAUUGGAUGCCACAGAGUACGCAUGUCUAAAAGCCAUAUCAAUAUUCAAAUCAGUAUGUGUUGUGUUUUAUUCAGAAACUCAUGGUCUUCGUGAUGCGCACCAAGUGGAAACACUGCAAGACCAAGCGCAAGUCAUGCUGGGAGACUACCUACGUCAUCAAUAUGCAAGACAGCCAGUACGAUUUGGGAAAUGCCUUCUAAUGCUACCAUCAUUACGGAGUAUUAGCUCUAGAACACUGGAAAUGUUGUUUUUCCGUGAUACUAUAGGGAGUAUACCAAUAGAGAGGCUUCUGUGUGAUAUGUUUCAAAACAGUUGAACCUUUUACAGUUUAUGGUGAUGAC